GUUUCGCGUGCAUAGAUAUUGGUACAAGUUCUGUAGCAUUAAGAUGUUCAAGUCUUUAUGAUUUAUAAGAGUGAGAAAAUAAAACAACCGAACUAAUAAACCAUGGCUUUGCUGCGAAAUUUUGUAAAGUUUCAGUGUUUCUUGUUACUAUGGAUGUACUUGGGUUUAUCGGAAAUACCGAUCACUGAUUCCCAAGUAAUAAGCAAGCGUGGUUGCCAAGAUCACUGCGGCGAUGUUAGCAUACCCUACCCCUUCGGUAUUGGUCCUGGUUGUUUCAUGGAUGGGUAUUUCGAAAUACUUUGCGAUGAGAAUUCUACCAAGCCAGUUAAUCCCCCAGGCUUUAAUAUUUCAAAUAUAUCAAUACCCGACGGAGAGAUGACAACCGAAGUCUACGUAGCCAGGUAUUGUCCAGGUAUGGAGUUCGCGGGUUUCUCGACCGGCAAGUUCGGAAAAUUCACAUUCUCUGAUACCAAAAACAAAUUCUUUGGUUUGGGUUGCAAUACCUGGGCAUAUCUAGGUCUAGAAGAUAAUUAUGCAUCUUCUGGUACCGGAUGUGUGUCGGCCUGUAAUAAAAUAGAAGAUGCCAGUAAUGAUGGGUCUUGCGAUGGCGUAGGUUGUUGCCAGGCUUCCGUCCGAGGCGGACUACAAAUAUUGAACUUAAGGGUUGGAAGAAUGUUCAACAAUAAAAGUAGUCCGACUGUCAAUCCGUGCAGUUACGCUUUUUUAAUCGAAGAACGUUCGUUUCAUUAUUCUUCGUCGUAUCUCAAGGAUUUCAAAAAUAAAAGCGUUCCGGUGGUGGUUGAUUGGACUGUUGGUAAUGAGACAUGCCAUGAAGCUCAAAAGAACUCGGCGAAUUAUGUCUGUGGACCUAACACUGACUGUAUAGACCCUGCAGGCAAUAGAACUCGAGGAUAUCGAUGUAAUUGUAGAUGGGGCUAUACAGGGAAUCCUUAUCUAAACAGUACUACUGCUGGUGGUUGUCAAGAUAUCAAUGAAUGUAAUAAGCUACUGGUAUGCAGUGGAGAUAAAGGUAAAUGCGGAAACACAGAAGGGAGCUACAACUGUUCUUGCAACAAGGGAUAUACUUCUAAAGUCAGAGAUGAUAAUUUUACAGAUUGCUUUCCCAUCAAUCUUCCUGGGAGUCCACCAAUUACUCCGCGUGAUAACCUUAACAAGAUUGUUAUCGGGGCCUGCCUUGGCUUAUUUCUUCUACUUGUGAGUCUGGUGAUCGGCUUAUGGAUAUAUUGGGGGUAUAAGAAACGAAAGCACAUGGAAAUCAGAGAGGAAUUCUUCAAGAAAAAUGGUGGGUUGAUUUUAAACCAACUACUUGAUGAACGGGAAGAGGACAUCGAGGCUAGUCGAAAUGUCAAAGGAGAAAAGAAGCACCGAUCAAUCGCUAAAAUAUACACUGAGAAUGAGCUACGCAAGGCGACUAACAACUAUCACGAAAGUCAAAUUCUUGGCCGUGGAGGGUUUGGCACAGUGUAUAAAGGAACCUUAUCAAAUGGGGAAGUGGUUGCUAUUAAGAAGACGAAAAUUGUAGAUAUGAGCCAAAAUGAGCAAUUCAUAAACGAGAUCGCUGUUCUAUCACAAAUCAAUCACAAAAAUGUGGUUCAUCUCUUGGGUUGUUGUCUAGAAAGCGAAGUUCCUCUGCUAGUUUACGAGUAUAUUGCUAACGGGACUCUUCACCAACAUUUACAUGAACGUCGUGAAGGUUCUGCAACUCUUUCAUGGGAAAAUCGUUUAAGGAUAGCCUCGGAAGUUGCAGGAUCAUUAGCCUACUUGCACUCUGAAGCUUCCAUAUCCAUAAUCCACAGAGAUAUCAAGUCAGGUAAUGUACUUCUAGACGAUGAUUACAAGGCAAAAGUCGCAGAUUUUGGAGGUUCGAGGUUAAAUCCAACCGAUGAGGCUCAGUUGAGCACAGUAGUUCAAGGUACAUUUGGGUACUUGGAUCCAGAAUACAUGCAAUCAAGCCAAUUGACAGAUAAAAGUGAUGUUUACAGCUUUGGCGUUCUUCUUGUGGAAUUGCUAACCGGCAAAGCCGUGUUUUCUCCACACAGACAUGAAGAGGAUAGGAAUCUGGCUAGUUAUUUCCUUUCUUCUAUGAAAACCAACAGGUUGUUUGCGAUUCUUGAUGAAAGUUUGGUACAAAAUGAUAUUGAGCGGGUCAGUAGUGUACAUGGUCACCAACAGAUUCAAGAAAUGGCUGAACUAGCACAAAAAUGCUUAAGAAUGAAGGGAGAAAACAGACCUUCAAUGAAAGAAGUGGUAAUGGUGCUGCACGGAAUAACGAGGGUGUCCUCUAACCACCCUUGGGUCUUGGAUGAUAAUGAGGAUAUGAGGAAUACAGCAAGCAAAGAAGCACACAUGCUCUUGUUAGAAUCAGCUGAAUUACUAUCUUACACAGACAGCAUACCAACAAUCAGUGAUAGUAGCAAAGGGAUAUCAGCACGUUAAUGUAUAUAUCCAGCGCAUUGAAAAACCCAUGCAUUGUGUGUUCCCCUAUUUUCUGUUUCUGAUAUAAAAAUUCUGUAAAACUCAAGAGAAAUAAGAGUUGAAUACGUUUCCGUAGAAUAGCUAUUGUUGUAACUUCAAGAUAAAUCUCAUUGAGGUGAAAGAGUACACCACAAAU